AUGCAUUCUAGAAAAAGAAACGCGUGGUCCGUUGUUGUAAUAAUUGCAAGAGAACACAACACACCAGGAAGUCGGCGAGGACAACAGUUGGCUCACGGUUGCAUCGGCUCAGCCAGACCUCAUUCGAUUGAGUUUUUGAGGAUGAAGGUCGUUCUCCUGCUCGUUCUCGUCGCCAUUGUCGCGUGCGAUGUGAAGCCGACGUGCAAGAACGGAAAGAAUUCGGACAAGCUCAAAUGCGACAAGAAUGGCUAUUUCGAGAAGAUCCAGUGCAAGAAGAGCUCGUGCUUCUGCGUCUCGACGCACAACGGACAGAUGGCGUACGACACGAGGACCGCGAACAACAAGAUCCAGCCGAAAUGCGGAAAAUGCUUGGAUGAGGUGGAGAAGAUCUUCUCGAAGGGAAACCCCAGCAUGAAGACGUUUGUUCCCAAGUGCGACGUGAUCCUCGGCGACUACGAGCCGCUUCAAUGCGACGCUAAUAAGGAUCAGUGCUAUUGUGUGGAUCCAAAGACUGGAUUAGCCAUCAAGGGAACCGAGAAGAAGCUGAAGGGCACCGAAAAAAUGAAAUGCGAUGGAGUCGAAUAUACCGUGGAUCCCGUAUACUUCCAAACGUUCCCUGACGUCCUCCGUCCCGGAUACGAAGCAUCGCAUUGCCUUGCAAAUCGGGAUCCGGGAACCGCGUGCUCGGGAAAAACGUCGUCGAUCAAGUACUGGUUCGAUAAGGAAUCCUACAUGUGUCUUCCAUUCGAGUACAAAGGAUGCGGUGGAAAUGCGAAUCGGUUCGAUUCUGCCAGCGACUGCUAUCGUCAAUGUGUUCCUAUGGAUUAUGCGACAUGCGCAAUGCAAUCCUCGCCAGCCAUGAAGAGCGUCGACAUAUCGUUUAACUGUCGCGAGCCGAGAUUAAUGGGUGCAAUGGACGCCAACGCGCCAAAAGAGCCGAAGCUUCCGAAGCUGAAUGCCGAAGGAGACUGUCCGGCUGGAUAUCAGUGCCGAAACCAUGGAAUGGUCUCGAAUUGUUGCGAUAUCGAGAUUACUGAGCUCUACAAUAAGGAGACGAAUCCGAAGUGUCCAGCGGGACAAUCUCUGUUCACCGAGAAGCGGUACGGAAGCGACUCGGCGCUCAUCGGCAAAUCGUGUUCGGACAAUUUCUGCCCGAAAACCCAUAAAUGCAUUUCUGGCGAAUUAUUCGCGUAUUGUUGUAAAUAG